AUGCCGGGGGUAGAACUUUUACGAUAUGAAGAACCCGUCUUCUAUGAGGCCACAUUCCGCGUCGCCUCAAUCCUCGGCCUUUUUAUCAAUAUCGGCACGGCGGUGGUGAUCGCCGUUGCAUCACCCCCUAGUAUGCGUUCAUAUAGCUACCGUUUUUUGUGGUAUCAGCUGCGGUCCACCCUACUCGAGGUGGCGAUACACGUCGUCGAGCCGCAGGUCUUCUUCCCGGCCCCUAUAAUUCGCAUGACGGGCAAAAAGAUUUUGCGCCUGUUCCCCGAAUACGCGUCGCUGAGUGACCUUUCUGGGGUCUUUUACUGCGAUCCACUGCAGCCGAUGCCCUGGAUCGGGGUCGCGCCCAUUUAUUAUAUUUGUUUCAUCGCCUUCCAUAUAACGGCCGCGUUCCUUUCGGUGACCUCAUUCCUAAUGUUCCACAGCUUCCAUAUAUUGAACCGGACGACGACGAUCAGCGAAAAGACGCGAAGAAUGCAAAAGAAGCUGAUGGUCUACCUUGCAUUGCAAAUAGGCGUCCCUCUAGCGACGCUGGUGACGCCGUGGUGUUUCUUCUCGUACGCUGUGGUAACGCGCACGAUCGUGAACCCUGCCAUCCACAACUUUUUCUUCAUGGUGGAUGGCCUUCAUGGGACCAUGUCGUCGAUUGCCGUCAUUACCCUAACCGAACCGUAUCGCAAGUAUGUGUUCGACAAAUCUGCCGCAACGCUCCUUACCACAUUCCCCGAGUACCAGUGCCUGCGUGCCGAAGCCGAUGUUUUCUACUGUGACGCGCUUCGAGCCAUGCCGUCCGUCGGCAUCGCGCCCAUUUACAUGAUUUGUAUCAUGAUCGUUCAGCUGUCGUUGCAUUGUGUCAUUCUGUGUCUGUUUUUUGUCUGCCACAGCUUCUACCUCCUGAACCGCGCGACGGCGAUCAGCGAGAGGACGCGGCGCAUGCAGAAGAAAAUUAUCCGCUAUCUGGGGAUUCAGGUCGCCGUGCCGCUUUGCACUCUCGUCAUCCCCUGGUGUUUUUAUGCGCUCAUUGUGGUGCAGCGGACGAUUGUUAGUCCUAGCACGAACAAUUUCUUUCUGAUCGUCGAUGGCGUGCACGCCACAAUGUCCUCGAUUGCGAUCAUUGCCCUGACCGAGCCAUACCGCAAAUAUUUCAUCCGAAAAUUCAGGUUAAGUCAGAUUGCGGUGAUCCAAAUUGCGCUACCGUUCGUGACCCUCAUCGUGCCGUGGGGUAGCUACCUCCUUUCUGUAGUAGUGCGAUGGGUUGUCCCUCCAGACUGGAACAACGCCCUAAUGCUACUUAAUAGUAUCCACGCGUCGGCCUCCUCCAGCGCAAUCCUCUACCUCACCGAGCCGUAUCGCAAGUAUUUGCUUGAGAAAAUUGGGAUCAAG